AUGGACGGAAGCGCAUCGCAGCAUACCCUUACGGGUCUCAAAAGAUGGUCAUGCCAGGACCCUACCAUACUUCCGGAUAUGGAUAAAAUCAGGGCUAUUCACGUCUACGAUUUUGACAACACGCUAUUCUGCAGUCCUCUACCAAACAAACAAGUCUGGGCCAGUCCUAGCAUCGGAACUUUACAAGCACUCGAACAAAUCUCGACCGGUGGUUGGUGGCACGAUGCGAACAUACUGGCUUCUACGGGCAAAGGUCUGGAAGAGGAAGAAAAGACAGCCUGGUCUGGCUGGUGGAACGAGAACAUUGUCGACCUCGUGCGCCUAUCCAUGAAUCAGAAGGACGCCCUCACAGUCUUGUUGACUGGUCGCAAUGAACGAGGCUUCGCCGACCUCGUCACGCGCAUGUUCAGAGCAAAGAAACUCGAGUUCGAUAUGGUCUGUCUAAAACCUGCCGUCGGCCCCUCUGGCCAGCGCUUCUCGUCAACAAUGCUGUUCAAGCAGGACCUGCUGCGCGAUCUGGUUUGCACCUACUCUGAUGCUGAGGAAAUUCGCAUCUAUGAGGACCGCCCAAAACACAUUCCGCGACUUCUUCGCUACCUUCAAUCGCUCCUUACAGAAGAAUCCACCACUCUCGAUCCCAUCGUAGAAGUGUCAGAAGUUCAGCGCAUGAUCAACACACACAAUCAAGCCGUACUGGGUGGAGAAGUGCCUGGUUUGGUGCCCUUGGCCAUUAAGCGCAACGUCUUCUACACUGGCUAUCUCAUCAGUCCACAAGAUACAGAGCGCUUUGCUGCUCUAACGAAGAACACCUCAGAUCGCGACUGGCGUACGCUAGCGAACAACAUUCUCAUCACUCCUCGUCCUGCUCCUCAGAGUAUCCUUAAUAAGGUUGGCGGUCUCGGCCACCGCAUGACCUGGAGAGUUACCGGCAUCUCACACUUUGAAAAUAAGCUAUGGGCUGCUCGUGUAGAACCUGCAGACCCUAGAGCCCGCUUCCACUCAGAAAAUCCAACCCCAACAGUCGUCAUCUCUCUCCGUAACAACGCUCGCCCUAUCGAUGCGAAGUACGUCUCAAAUUGGCAACCCACCACUCCUGAGCAGUCGUUCGAAUUCGACACAGUCGUUGGUGAGAAGGUCUUACUACGCAUCGAGAGAGAGACUCACGAUGAAUAUGAUUACAACGCGUCAUCAAAAGCUAGCAACAAACCUCAGUACAGGCAUCGCGACGAAGACUUCCCAGUUCUUGGUUCAAAUUCUCAAGCACCAAAAGAACACCAUCCUUCUCAGCUCGAUCCAACAGCCAUGCAAUUCGGCCCUAACGUUCCUACAGGCCCUGGCCAGAAUCGUGGCAACUACACCGGCCACAAUAGUCGAGGUGGCGGUGUCUCGAAGCCUGGCGGCAACAACAACGGCAGAGGUGGCCGCGGCGGCAGAGGCAGAGGAGGCAAUAGGUUUGGUGGUAAGGGCAGAGGUGGCAGAGGAAGAGGCGGCAGCUACAGGUCGCUAGAUGACCGUCAGGAGAGUUACGGUGGCGCAGGGAUGCAGUACUAG